ACUUCUCUCUAUAUAUACAAAGUCCCCUGCUACGAUCAAAAAGCACCUCGCAGUUAACACAGCACCAGAACCAAAGAGAAAAAAUAUUCCCCGAAACGACACUGCUUUCAGUACUGACCCGCACUAGUACCAAAAUCAAAAAUCAAAAUCCCCAUUCAAUUAGUAACCCUAAAAAUCAAAAUGCCUCAAGUGAGAAUUAUUGCAAAGAAUUUCAUGGACAUGGUAGCUUCCUUACCAGCCAUGAAACUCGACACGCUCUAUCAAAACGCAUUCAUCUGCGAAGCCAUACUCAGGUCAUUGCCGCCUUUAGCGAAGAAAUAUGUAGUACAAAUUUUGUUUUUUGACGGCCCAGUAUCAGGUAAAUUGCUGGAGCAAUGGGUGCUUGCUGAUGGGGUCACCAAACAUAGAGUUGCUAUUGAUCGGUUGAUUCAGUUGAGAAUUUUUAUUGAAGUUUCUGACAAGAAAAGGGAGAGUAGUUAUAAAUUAAACCAGACGUUUCAGGCUAAUCUACGAAAGCAUUUAACAAAUGGUGGAGUUUUGCCAAGGGAAACAAUGGCUGCAGUUGUAAAACUCCCUAGCUUGGAGGAAUUAGAUACCUACGCGCUUGAACAAUGGGAGUGUUUUUUGCUACUUCUUAUAAGCUCUGGCCAAGCAGAAAAGCCAACUAGCUUGAGCUCUUCCAUGAUGAAAAUUUUUCAGCGGGGUCUUUUGUCUCAGAGGGAUAGAGAUGCUCCAAGAUUAACUGAGGGUGGUUUUCAGUUUUUGCUGAUGGAUACAAAUGCACAGCUGUGGUACAUCAUCAGAGAAUAUAUCACUAAUUCUGAGGAGAGAGGUACAGAGCCCGCGGAUCUGAUUUCUUUUCUUCUGGAGCUUAGCUUUCAUGUCACUGGCGAGGCAUAUAAUAUGAAUACAUUGACUGAGAUUCAGAGAAAUACUAUCAAGGACCUUGCAGAAUUGGGAUUGGUUAAACUUCAGCAGGUUAUUCUAGUUUGGGCUAUUGGAAGGAAAGAGAGUUGGUUUAUACCUACUAAAUUGGCUACGAAUCUUUCAGUGAGCUUAACAGAUUCAUCAUCACGGAAACAGGGAUAUGUUGUUGUAGAAACCAACUUUAGAUUGUACGCGUACUCAUCAUCAAAGCUUCAUUGUGAAAUUCUACGUCUUUUCUCAAAGAUAGAAUAUCAACUUCCAAACCUUAUAGUUGGAGCAAUAACAAAAGAAAGUUUGUAUACAGCUUUUGAAAAUGGCAUCACGUCUGACCAAAUAAUUUCUUUUCUUCAGCAGAAUGCUCAUCCUCGUGUGGCAGAGAGAUUACCAUCAGUUCCUGAAAAUGUCACUGAUCAGAUUAGAUUGUGGGAAGCAGAUCUGAACAGGGUUGAGAUAACCCCCUCGCAUUUCUAUGAUGAGUUUCCAUCUAGGGAUACAUUUGAGGCUGCUUGUGACUUUGCACGGGAGUGGAAUGGUUUGCUGUGGGAGGAUUCAAAGAAAAUGCGGGUUGUAGUGAAGGCAGAAAUUCACAUGAACAUGCGAGAGUUUCUUCGUGGUCAAAAGUAGUACGGCAGAUGUUAUCUAUUUGUUUGCGACCAUUACAACUUCGAUAAAAGAAAAACAAGCCAAAGCCAUGUGCAACAUGCUACAUAUACAAUAUAGGGUUCCUCGAUGUAAGAGUGUUUUGGGUGAUCUUAGGUUGAUUUUCCAGUAAUAUAGAGUAUUUUGGGAUCUUGUGGUCGUGGUUUUCAAUACCUUCUGAGAAUGUGUACCAAGGGCAAAAAAGAGCUCUUACAAGCAGCGAGAUAGGUUUUUGUUUAUACACAUUUAUUAUUUGAUACAAAGGGAUGAGUUUCCUGUACAUUAAA